AGAUAACAUGUUGUUAGGCGACCGACGCCGAAGAAUUUCAGUGUUAAUUCGCCUUCGGUUCCGUUUAGAAAGAGAAAUAAAGAGAUUUCGCGUUGUUUCGCGAGUUUUUAAUUUUUCCCCGAUUUAAAACAAAUUGAACAAACGAAAAAUGGUUUUUUAAAAAAAAUAUAAAAAUAAAUAUUUUUAAAGAUGAGAGGAGGUGGAAUCAUCGUCGGAGGAAUCGUUAAAUUUGGUUUCCUUAUCAUGUCGAGGUGACCAAAACAAGGCUCAAUUUAUAAUUUAAAAGACAAACACACCGAAUAACGCAAAAAAAAGGCAAGAAAUCGAAUCGAAACAAAAAAUAAAAUGAAAAUGAUGUGUUGUAAAACCGGAGGCUCAAGGUUCCUAUCGAAAAUCUUCCUAACCUUCAUUUUGUGGGGCUUGAUAAUCUACGUGGUGUUCCAGUUGCGCACGUUAAACUUGGAAGUGAACGUGCCGCACCUGAACAGCAGGUUUUUAUUGGCAAAGAAAUCGGACGCCGCGAAUCAACUCUCAACGCGACACCAUGAUUCGACCACGGAAAAUUACGAUCAAGACGUCUUUAUCGACAAGUCGCCGAGUUUAAGCGAAGAUAAACUCGUCGAAGACAUACAAGAGCGUAUGCCUAAUUUACCUAUAGUCUAUUGGAACAAAAAUAAAAAUAAACCGAUGGGUUUAAACGAUACUUGCGCCAAAUUUCCAAACCUAUUCGACCUCGAGUUCAACAACAUCUAUUGGCAAACGCUACAAACAAGAAACGGCACAUUUCAAUUGUACGGCGCCUACUUGGAUAAUCGAAACACGAACCGUUUGGGUCCCACGGUUCGCGUUUUAGGGAUGAUUAAUCGAAUCGAACCAACAAUUACAACAUACUGUCAGUUUUGGUUCGAUAAAAAAAAAGAACCGGUCGUUACGAAAAGUUUUGAAUACAAAUAUAUUUGGUAUAAAAAAUGGGGAAAUUAUAAACAGGGUAUCUAUCAACCGUAUUUAAUAGCUUGCGUUUUACCACAAGGUCAUAAAGACAAAAUACCGGAAUCGGUUUCAUUAGUUGAAAAUCAUUGCGAUAACGCAACUAAUAACUUGAGGGUGAUUUACGAUAAACCCAAGGAACAACAUGACUUCGCUGUUUGCGUUAAAGGCUUGGAUUUUCUCCAUGAAGAUCUCUCGGUACGCUUGGUGGAAUGGAUCGAGUUAUUAAAUUUAUUGGGAGCGGAGAAGAUUUAUUUUUAUGAAUUACAGGUUCAUCCGAAUAUUUCGAAAGUAUUGAAACAUUAUGAACAAGAAGGAAAGGUUCAGGUGACUCCAAUAAGUUUAGCGGGGGGGCAACCGAACGCCCCAUCGUUUCAACAUUUGUAUUUAACGAAAAAAACGAAUCAUAAAAGACAAAAUGAAUUAAUUCCGUACAACGAUUGUUUCUAUAAAAAUAUGUAUAAGUAUAAAUAUAUCGCUUUGUUGGAUAUCGACGAGGUUAUAAUGCCUUUAGAAGGGAAAACAUGGAAACAUUUAAUGUCGACGAUUCUUCCAAAAGCUUUAAAAAUCAAUCCCGACGAACGAGCAAGUUACAACGUCCGUAACGUUUACUUUUUGGACGAUUUGUUGCACGACCACGGUUGGUUCCAAAAUGUUCCGAAAUAUAUGCAUAUGUUGCAGCAUGUUUAUCGAGCAAAAAAUUUCACAAAACCGGGUCAAUACGUUAAAUGUUUUCAUAACACGAAAAAAGUACUCACUUUGCAUAAUCAUUUUCCGUUGUCCUGCUUGGGCAGUUCGUGUACUUCAUAUCCGAUUGAAACGUCAGAUGCUCAAUUACAUCAUUAUCGAGCCGAUUGUGUGAAAACUUUGAAGAAAAGCUGUGAGGAUUAUCGAAAAACCAGCGUUAUGGACACAACCGUUUGGAAAUUUAAGGAACCUUUAAUCAAUCGGGUUAGUGCCACUUUAAGAACUUUAGGUUUUUUCGAUGCUUCUGGAAAUAACAACAAUGGAGGUAAUAUUAAUAAUAACGUUAACAAAUAAGAAAAAAGGUGUCAACAGUGUCAAAAGAACUUAUUAAUAAGUACUGUUAUGCAAUUCGUGCCUUUAGUAAGCGAAAAAAUGAAAUGAAAUGAUUGUAAAAGAAGUGCUUUAAAUUUUCGGCGAAAAUUUUGAAUUUAUAAAAAUAAUUAUUACUUGAUAUAAAACUAUGUUAUAAGAUUUUUCGUGCUGAUGACUACUUCAAAGAACAAAUACGCCUUUUUAAAAACGUUUAUAAAUUUAAAAAUGUAUACAUUAUACACGAAUAUAUUCUGGUAAACGUGUUAUAACCGGACUGUGAUACGUCGAAAGUGUCGAAGAUGGGGUUUCCUUUCUCAAAUUAUUACUUGAUAAAUAGAACCAAAAAUUAAAAAAAAAAUAAAAAUUUAAAACGGAGUUUUCCGUUUUUCCAAGUACUAAAAUAAAUAGCGUGCUAAGUAUUUAUUUUGUCCCCCAACGCCCCCGCAAAGGGCAUUAUUAUAAUUAUCUCUUUAUAAUAUUACGACUGAUUCUUAGGUUAUAAGUUUUUUUCCUCUUUCCCUCUACGUUUUUUUUUCUUGUAAAUAAAGAAUUCAGAAGAAUCAAAGAA